AUGUCUCUCACAAACGCCUCUCCCGAGGCCGCAGCCAGCGCCGCAAAAACAGCCUCCUUCACCCUCGCGACCCUCGCAGCCUCAGAGCGCAACGACGCCCUCGAGGCCAUCCACGCUGCCCUGACAGCCUCAAAGGACGAAAUCCUCGCUGCCAAUGCAAAGGACCUCGAGUUGGCGAAGAAGGCGGCUGAUGAGGGCGGCCUGAGCCAGGCGCUUGUGUCGAGGCUCGAUCUGGGCAAGAAGGGCAAGUGGGAGGAUAUGCUUAAGGGUAUCUUGGAUGUGAGGGAUCUAGACGACCCAGUUGGCCAGAUUCAGAUGAGGACAAAGCUUGAUGAUGAUCUUAUCAUGGAGCGUGUCUCAUGUCCCAUUGGUGUCCUUCUCAUCAUCUUCGAGGCCCGUCCCGAAGUCAUCGCCAACAUUGCCUCUCUGGCCAUCAAGUCCGGCAACGCUGCUAUUCUGAAGGGCGGAAAGGAGUCCACAGAAUCUUUCGUGGCUAUCUCAAAGGUCAUCUCAUCAGCUCUCGAGACCACAAAGGUCCCCAACUCAGCCAUCCAGCUCGUCACAACUCGCGAUGUCAUCGCCCAGCUCCUUGCUCAGGAUCGCUACAUCGACCUCGUUAUUCCCCGCGGCUCCAACGAGCUCGUCCGCUAUAUCAAGGACUCUACCAAGAUCCCCGUUCUUGGCCACGCGGACGGGCUCUGCCACAUCUACCUAACUGCCUCUGCCGACAAGAACAAGGCCAUCACCGCGAUUGUAGACUCCAAGACCAGUUACCCCGCUGCCUGCAACGCCGUCGAGACCCUUCUCGUCCAAGAGUCCGCUCUAAACACUGUCUUCCCCGGCGUCGCAUCCGCUCUCGCCGCCAAGGGUGUUUCCCUCCGUGUCGACGAGCCCAGCAAGGCUGCCAUUGCCUCUCUUUCGCUUGAGGGCGUCCAAGAUGCCACUCCCCAGGACUACGACACAGAGCAUCUCUCCCUCACCCUCGGCGUCAAGACCGUCUCCUCCAUUGACGAGGCCAUCACACACAUCAAUACCCAUGGUUCUCACCACACUGAUGUUAUCAUGACCUCUGACACUGCCGAGGCCGAGCGUUUCAUGAACGAGGUAGACUCUGCAGGCGUUUAUUGGAACGCUGCCACCCGUCUUGCCGACGGCAUGCGUUAUGGAUUCGGCACCGAGGUUGGUAUCAGCACAAACAAAAUCCACUCCCGUGGUCCUGUUGGCCUUGACGGUCUUACCAUUUACAAGUACAAGAUCAGGGGUGACUACCAGGCGACGGCCGACUAUGGAGACGGCGAAGGCAAGAAGCCCUGGAAGCAUGAGAAGUUGUCCCUCUAG